ACUUCAGUUUCACUUCACCACUCACACAAACUUUGCCACUCUCUCUCUCUCUCUUCUGCAGUCUUUGUUUGAUAUAUUAUACCAAACAAGACCCCAAAAACAGAAACCUCUUUGGCUCCUCGCAACAAAACAAAACCCACACAGUAUUAUUAUAGCCUUAAAAUCGUCCAGUUGGACUUCCACCUCACCGUUUUAAGCCCCUUUCUUUGCGCCAUGGAAACAGGUGAUAUAAUGACUUAAACAGUUAUCGGAACUUCAGCUGAUUACAAGGCAGUUUUUCUGAGCUGAUCUGGAUGGGAACUGGUGAAGAAAGCACAGCUAAACCUUCCAAACCAUCUUCUACUUCUUCAACACAGAUACCGUUGGCACCUUCAUAUCCUGAUUGGUCUGGCUCCAUGCAGGCUUAUUAUGCUCCUGGAGCCACUCCGCCUCCUUUUUUUGCCUCAACUGUUGCUUCCCCAACUCCCCAUCCUUAUUUGUGGGGAAGCCAGCAUCCUUUAAUUCCACCAUAUGGUACUCCUGUUCCAUAUCCAGCUAUAUAUCCUCCUGGGAGUGUCUAUGCUCAUCCUAGCAUGGCAACGACUCCAAGCAUCACACAGCAUGGUACAAGGUCUGUAGGCAAGGGGCCUGAGGGAAAAGAUCGGGUUUCUACCAAAAGUUCAAAGGGAAUGCCUGCAAAUACUGUUUCCAAGGCAGGAGACAAUGGAAAGGCAGGCUCAGGGUCUGGAAAUGAUGGCCUCUCACAAAGUGCUGAUAGUGGUUCAGAGGGAUCAUCAGAUGGUAGUGAUGAGAAUACUAACCAACAGGAAUCCGGGACAAACAAGAAGGGGAGUUUUGACCAAAUGCUUGUUGAUGGGGCCAAUGCACGGAACAAUUCUGUCGCUGCCAUUUCUCAAUCUUCAAUACCUGGAAAGUCUGUUGUGUCAAUGUCUGCAACUAAUCUUAAUAUUGGAAUGGACUUGUGGAAUGCAUCUCCUGCUAGCGCCGAAGGCGCAAAAGUGAGACACAAUCAAUCUGCUGCCUCGGGAGCCGUUACACCUCCAACCAUAAUGGGACGAGAAGUUGCACUUGGUGAACAGUGGAUACAAGACGAACGUGAGCUGAAAAGACAGAAGAGGAAACAGUCUAAUAGAGAGUCAGCUAGGAGGUCAAGACUACGCAAGCAGGCUGAGUGUGAAGAGUUACAAAAGAGGGUGGAGUCUCUGGGAAGUGAGAAUCGAACUCUGAAAGAAGAGCUUCAGAGAGUAUCUGAAGAAUGCAAGAAAAUUAUAUCCGAAAACAAUUCUAUCAAGGAAGAGUUAGAGCGGUUGGGUGGGCCAGAAGCAGUUGCUAGCCUCGAAUAAAUCAGCUUCUUAUUAUCAUGCCAAAGGCAACCACAAAUAUUGAUCAACUAGUAAAAGAGACGAAUUUGCAGUUGGAAUUUUAUCAAUGGCUAAAUUGAGAAUAGGAAUUUUUUUUUUUGGUUUACUAUUUAUACCAUUAAUCCUCAAUUGUAAUUCCCCUUAUAUCCUUUUAUUAUUUUAAGAAAUAUGCUAGGAACAUAUUUUUUUUCAACACUAUUAUUGGGCAGAUUUUUUGUGUAGGUCAUAGUAAACAACUUUGGCCUAUGUGUUGAAAAAAAUAAAUAACGUCCUUCGUUUUAGUAUUUACAAGUGAGAUGAACAUAUAAUUUCAGGUCGAUGGAGACUUUUUUUUAGGGUUUGGUUUCUCAACUCAUGUUAAGAUGCUACUUUAAUUUUUCUAGCAUCUUGUAAGAGGUAACUGUG